CACACAUGAGCGCCUUUGCUGAGUUGCGCUGUUGAUCAUCCAGCAGGAAUCCUCUCUCCAGCUCUCUCCUCCGGCCCCGUUACAGGCACCGCAGUCAUGGAGUUCACCGAAGCCUUGGCGAAACUGCAGCCGUGCUGGCCUCGCAUGCAUCACUUGUUUGCCUUACUUUGUCUCGUGGCCGUCGUCUACAAAUUGACCACCCUGCUCGUCAAACAGAGGGACACGAUCCGCGGCUUUGCAGCUUUUCCGUCACCACCUUCACACUGGCUCUUUGGACAUGUUUUCGAGUUUAAACAAGAUGGGACAGACCUGGACACAUUAUUGAAAUGGGCAGAGCAGUACCCUUAUGCUUUCCCGUUGUGGUUUGGUCCCUUUGUUUGUAUCCUCAACAUUCACCAUCCAGAUUACGUGAAAGCCAUACUGGCAACAGCAGAGCCCAAAGAUGAUCUUGCAUAUAGGUUUCUUGAGUCUUGGAUUGGGGAUGGCUUAUUGGUGUCGAAAGGUCAGAAGUGGUUUCGUCACAGAAGGCUCCUCACCCCAGGUUUCCACUAUGAUGUUUUGAAACCGUACAUAAAACUGAUGUCCGAUUCUGCAAAAACUAUGUUGGACAAGUGGGAGCGUUAUGCAAACACCGACAAGUCCUUUGAGUUGUUUGAACACGUGAGCCUCAUGACACUGGACAGCAUCUUGAAGUGUGCCUUCAGCUACGACAGCAACUGCCAGACCGAGGGUGGAACAAAUGCAUACAUCAAAGCAGUGUAUGAGCUCAGCAAUCUGAUCAACUUGCGGUUCAGGACGUUUCCAUAUCACAGUGACCUCAUUUUCUACCUCAGCCCACAUGGCUACAGGCUCAGAAAAGCAUGCUCGGUGACUCACAAUCACACUAGGGAAGUCAUAAGAAAAAGGAAAGAAGCACUAAAGGAAGAGAAGGAGCUGGACCGCAUACAGGCAAAGAGAAACUUGGACUUCCUGGACAUCCUUCUCUUGGCAAGAGAUGAGAACCAGCAGGGUCUCUCAGAUGAAGACAUACGAGCAGAAGUGGACACCUUCAUGUUUGAGGGCCAUGACACCACAGCCAGUGGCCUCUCUUUCAUCUUCUACAAUCUGGCCGCCCACCCAGAGCACCAGAAGAUGUGCAGGGAAGAGAUCAUGCAAGCCUUAGACGGCAAGGACACCAUGGCGUGGGAGGAUCUAAGUAAGAUUCCAUACACUACAAUGUGCAUAAAAGAAUCACUCCGUCUGUACCCACCUGUGCCAGGAAUGAACAGAAAAAUCACCAAGCCCAUUACCUUUUGUGAUGGAAGGACUUUGCCAGCAGGAAGUUUUGUUGGAACAAGUGUGUAUGGGGUUCACAGGAAUGCAGCAGUCUGGGAAAACCCUGAUGUCUUUGACCCGCUGCGUUUCCUGCCAGAGAAUGCUUCCAGGAGGUCACCUCAUGCUUUUGUGCCCUUCUCUGCUGGGCCAAGAAACUGCAUUGGCCAGAAUUUUGCCAUGAAUGAGUUAAAAGUGGCGACUGCCCUGACACUGAAGAGAUACGAGCUGAUAGAGGACCCCACUUGUAAACCCAAGAUCAUUCCCAGACUGGUGCUGCGCUCACUCAACGGCAUCCACAUCAAGAUCAGAUCUGUCGAGCCAAACAUGUAAAGGGAGGCCUACAGGGAAUGCUGUUAACCUGGAAAAUAUAUCAGUAAUGGGAAAAUUUGAGUACUUUCACUGACAAUAUUUCACGCUGUCAUAGAAUCACAAAUACUGAUGAUAUUAUAUUGAGUGACUUGCUGAUAAAGAAGUUGCAUUUGUAUUGCACUUAAGAUCAUGUUCUCACAUUUAAAAAGGGUUUUCAUGAAACUGAAAAAUUUCUGCACUUUAUACUUUAACAGGUAACAGUUGCACUAAAUCUGUUUCUAAUAAAUAAGAAAUGUUUGGGGGAAAAAAUAUUUUCCUGCAUUCAUUUGUAAAUAAAUGAUCAAAUAUGACGUA